UUGUGUUUGAUUCGUCACUUCAAUAAACCAUGAAUUCCAUUUCUAUACGGGACAAUGUAUAAAUUCUAUAUGUUGAUGAUAGUGUUUCCUAUAUUGGAUGAAUGAAAGAAUACAGCAGUACCUCUGGAAAAACUAUGUUGAGCUCUGCGUCGGUGUUGAUGGCGUUUUGCGCGUGGCCAGCGCUGCUUCAGUGGACGCCCGUCGGUGCCGCGAACAUCCUUGCGGUGCAGACGAUCCCUGGCAAGAGCCACUGGAACGUGAUGCGGGCCGUGCUGCAGGCGUUGACUGACCGUGGCCACACCGUGACCGUGUUCACGCCAUUCGUGGACGGCGACCGGGACGGUUACACCGAGGUGGACGUGUCCGGUCAAACGGCACCUGGGCUCGACCUGGACGCAACGUUCCUGAUUGAAAACUUUGGUACCACGCGAAAGUUGAUGACGAACAUGGUGAAAGUCACGCGGGCAGGUUGCGACAUGAUUUACGAACACCGUCAGAUGGCUGACAUCUUGAAUGGGACUGCGGUGCGGAAAUUCAAUUUGGUCGUCACCGAACCACUAGUCUCCGAGUGCGUGGCUUACGCGGCCACCGUACUCCACGUGCCCAUGGUGUACGUAGUCCCACCACCGAUCAUCACGUACUUGGAACGUCCGAUGACCGGCCACGCCCCGAAUCCGGCGGCCACGGGACAUGUGCUGUUCGGCCGCGGCGUGCCCGAAACGUUCGCCGAGCGUUUCGCGAACCUGGUGCUGACGGUGUACUGUUCGACGCUGACGUGGUACGUCGAAUGGCAGCUCCGACGUGCCGAUCCACGACCGUACGACAUCGUGAACCUGGUCAGGCCGUCGAUGAUUUUCACCAACACACAUUUCAUCACCGAACCAGUUCGGUCGCUAACGCCGGACGUCGUCCAAAUCGGCGGCAUACAUCUGACUCCGUCCAAACCGAUACCAAAGGACAUUUUGGAAUUCAUUGAAGAUGCACCUAAUGGUGUGAUUUACUUCACGUUCGGAUCGGUGGUUUCGAUGUCGUCGUUACCGGAAAAUGUUCAUAGCGCAUUUCGGAAGGCUCUCGCUCGGGUUCCACAAAAGGUGUUGUGGAAAUACGAAGGUGAAAUGACAGACAAACCGAAUAAUGUGAUGACGCGGGAAUGGUUUCCUCAACGCGAUAUACUUGUGCAUCCCAAUGUGAAACUGUUUAUCAGUCACGGAGGCAUAUCCGGAGUGUACGAAGCUGUGGACGGUGGCGUGCCUGUACUAGGAUUCCCCUUUUACUACGACCAACCGAGAAAUAUUGACAAUCUUGUUAACGCCGGGAUGGCUAUCUCUAUGGACCUGUUAUCUGUUACCGAAGAGACGUUUUUAAACGCCGUUUUGGAGAUUGUCAACAACGACAGGUACCAGAAAAACGCUAAAAUCGCUUCCGAACGGUUCAAAGACCGACCUAUGUCACCAGUGGAGUCGGUAGUUUACUGGACAGAGUAUGUUCUACGUCAUAACGGAGCAUUACAUUUGAAAUCCCACGCUCGGAAUCUGACGUGGUAUCAAUAUUUUUCGGUUGAUGUAUUAAGCACAUUUUUAUUCAUCGCGUUUGUCUUUUUGUUCAUAAUUUAUUAUGGUUUAAAACUGAUCUACAAAUACAUUUGUAAUUAUUGUCAUAAAGAAAAACCCCACGUGGAAACAGCAUUAGCUAUAGGUACAUCGUACAUGCACAGUCUUACAAAAAACCAUACAAAAAUGUGUAGGUACACGGAUAUGUUAUCGGACGUUGGCACGUUGCUGGCUGCUGGACACUCGUCGGAAUCGGAAAUGGUUUUGAACCUCACGAAAAUCAUCCAAAAUGUCCAAAAAGUUCAAGUUCGCUUUCGCUCUGAUGGAUUUGGUUUUUGUAAGGCCACUACAGGAUUUUCGAGUGCUCUAAUUACCAUGACUUCGCGUUUCGUGGCCUUAUUCGUUGCGUUUUCCGUGCUACCCCAGCAGCAACAGUGGACUUCUGUCGGAGCCGCGAACAUUCUGGCGGUGCACACAAUCUACAGCAAGAGCCAUUGGAACGUGAUGCGAGGCGUGCUGAGGGCGUUGACUGACCGCGGCCACACCGUUAUCGCGUUCACGCCGUUCGUGGACGGUGACAGAGACGGUUACACGGAGGUGGACGUUUCCGGUGAGCUGGAGAUGAGGAUCGGGCUGAACGCGUCGCUUGUUACGAAAUGCCAGUCCACUCGAAUGAUGAUGGCUCACAUCGCGAACUCGUCGCGCAUAAAUUGCGGCAUCAUAUUCGACCACCCGCGAAUGCGAGAAAUCUUAGACGGCCACCAGUCACGGUUGUUCGACGUGGUGGUCGCAGAGGUUCUUGAAACGGAUUGCGCGUCGUACGCGGCCACCGUUCUCCGUUUACCCGCCAUAUACGUUGUCCCACCACCCAUCGUCACGUAUUCGGAGCGAUCGUUCUUCGGCCAUUUCCCCAAUCCCGCAGUUGUCUCCAACUUGCUGUCCCGGCGCGCUGUUCCCAAGACGUUCGCUGACCGUUUUGCCAACGCGCUGCAAACGGUUUACGGUUCGUGGCUGUUGUGGAGCGAAGAACGGGGGCUUCGGCAAUCCGACCCGCGACUGUUCGACGCCGUAGACCUGGUGAGACCGUCGUUGACUUUUACCAAUACGCACUUCAUUACCGAACCUUCAAGACCACUGACACCGGACAUCGUGCAAAUAGGCGGAAUACAUCUGACUCCGCCAGCUCCGAUACCAAAGGACAUUUUGGAAUUUAUUGAGAACGCGUCCCACGGAGUGAUUUACUUCACGUUCGGUUCGGUGGUUUCGAUGAAGUCGAUACCGGAAAAUGUUCAGAGGACUUUACGAGAGACGCUUGCUCGACUUCCACAAAAGGUGCUAUGGAAGUACGAAGGUGAAAUGGCAGACAAACCUAAGAACGUGAUGACAAGGAAAUGGUUUCCGCAACGCGAUAUACUUGCGCAUCCUAAUGUGAAACUGUUUAUAAGUCAUGGAGGUAUAUCUGGAGUGUACGAAGCUGUUGACUUGGGGGUGCCCAUACUCGGAUUUCCGUUUUUCUACGAUCAACCGAGAAAUAUUGACAAUUUGGUUAACGCCGGAAUGGCGAUAUCUAUGGAUCUGUUAUCUGUUACCGAAGAGACGUUUUUAAACGCUGUUUUGGAGAUUGUCAACAACGAUAGGUACCAGAAAAACGCUAAAAUCGCUUCCGAACGGUUCAAAGAUCGACCCAUGUCACCCGCAGAAUCUGUGGUUUACUGGACGGAGUACGUUAUACGUCAUAAAGGAGCUCCGCAUUUAAAAUCUCAGGCUCUGAAUCUUACGUGGUAUCAAUAUUUUUUGGCUGAUGUAAUUUGCACAUUAUUAUUUAUUGGGCUUAUCGUUUUGAUCGUAAUUUAUUAUUGCCUAAAAAUUAUGUAUAAACUCAUUUUAAAAUAUUGCCAUAGUGUGAAAGCAAAACGUGAAUGAAGUAUAAUUAAUUUUUUUAAUUAAAAAUGUUGUUCAAGCAGUCAA